CACACACACACACACACACUCUCAGACAGCGGUGUGUGGGUGUGUGCUGCAGCGGGAGAUGGGCGGUAUGAGAGCGGGUCUUCACGCAUCCUGCCGGGUCCACGUGCGGGACACUGCGCGUCUGACAUGAGCGCGGACUGCGAGAGUUACUACAGCAAAGAAAACGUGCUCGUGGAGAGCUUCACGUGUCCGAGGGCGGACAGUGACACCACGGCACUUUUCUGCUGCGGCUUCAGUGACCUGAAGUACUGCUGCGAUGACCCCAACAGCUUCUUCCCCUACGAGUACGGAUACAUGUGGUGGCUGAGUCUGGGCGCUCUCGUGGGACUUUCUGUAGCAGCUGUGGUUCUUCUCGCCUUCAUCAUCACUCUCUGCGUCCUCUGCUAUCUGUUCAUCACCACCAAACCCAGAGGUCUAGACAACGGGCUGCCGCUGCGAGCACCAGGCAAUUCGUCGAGUCCACAAGAACCGGGGCCGAGUCACGUCAGCGCCCCUGCUGGACCCCAAGGCCUCAGGAAACACUUCCUGAGGGGCAAACUGGACUGUGACAACCAGCCGCCGGACCCUGACCGCCUUUUCCAGCGAUGUUUCAUGGCCACUGUGACAUCCAUCAACGUCGAGGGUCCUGCGUAGAUCGGUGGACUGUUUGACUUUUUGACCUACGCAACAAAAAUAUGGCUCGGCGUUUCUGGACUCGACUGCUAACAAGUUUCUGAAAUCAUAGAAAUUCUCAGACUCAAGAAAACUUGAUAAGAAUUUGAUCUCAGAGAGUCGGACAAAAAUGAUUUAUUGUUUUUCUCACAGGACUGAAUCAAAGCAACACUUUGUGCUCCUCGUAAUCAAGAUACACAACCAAACUGCGAUUGCUAAUUCCUCUUUGUUUUGUUUGCGUCCUUCUGUGCAACAAAACUAUUAGAGAACGUAACUCGGAGGCAAGCAGAUGAAACAAAACAGCACAAUUAUGUAGAAAAUCAGUGUUUUUUUGUUUUUUUUUUAAAAAGGCAGUAAAUCAGAAGAAGCGAGACAUCAGAAAAUGAUGUUUUGUGACUGCAAAAGCACGAGUUGAAUACAGAUUCUAGGAAAGUUAUAAUUGGCCUGGGAUGGAUGAGAUGAGCUGACUUGUAAUAAAUGUAUUAGCGCUCGUUCCGUGCAGUCCAGAGGUUGUCUGCGCCUCUUUGGUCGUGCAUUUUUCUGUAAGGAUGAUUAAAAAUUACUCAAAAUGUUUUCAAAAUGAGUCCUCUGAGGAGCGACGUCCACACGCUCUCUGAAUGAUGAUUAGUCAUUGACUCAGAGAGGUUUUGUCGAACCUCAGAGACGGAGCGAAUUGGACAGACAGCUUAAUCUGAGUGAACUGUCUGGCUCGUCCACGUCUCUGAGGGCGCCGAGUUUCCCCUCAUGCUGUGUUGUUUGAUUUAUUUGUGCCUGUCAUGUUGUGGAAGCCACAGGGUCUAAACUCUGCUCUUACAAAGCACUGGAGCGUUCAGUGAAGACGUGAGGCGAACAAGGAAUAUUUAUUGCUGAAAGUUUUAUGACGGAUUGAUCUGAAAGAAAAGUUUAAAGGUAUUUUUAAAGGGCUAUUCCACUGAGUCGACACACGGAUACGUUUAUUUAACAUGACAUCUUAGAGAACCGCCGUGACAUCAUCAGGUUCAUGGCACCAAAUCCAGAAAAAAAAAAUCUCAAGGGAGUGCAUUAUGGGUAAUGUAGGCUGUAAGUGUUUUUGGAGCUCGAAGUGUAACUCCACUUAUUUAAAACAUCAAAGUGAAUUAAUAGGUUUUUGGGGGAGUACUACUGCAUAUUUAAACAUCUGAUACAUUUCCCCCAGUGAUGUCAUCCACAAGUUGCAUUGUGGGUGAUGUAGGCAUCACAUUUAAAGAGGAAAAAAAAAGAAUGCCUGGGGAAAAAAAAGGUGAUAUGUAUAUAUCUGUAAUAAUGAGGGUAUUUUAUUGUGAGGAAGUUACAGUAAAUGAAACGUGUUUGUAGCUGAACUAGCGGAGCCGCUUUCUCAGCUGUCAUUCUGGUUGGUGGAGGAAAUGCAAAAUCUCUCCCGCACCGACUCAAACCCGAGUACAGCUGAUGGAAUGGAAAAACUGCAUUCUGUCUUUGGAGCAGCGUCUCUGUGUCUGUCCCUCAUAUAUCACUCAGACAACAGGCUCAUUAUUAUUGAUUGAAAGCAGCUUUUGUUCAUAGCGCGGUGUCCCCCCACAUUUCCACCACUGGUGCUAAUGAGCAAACGUUAGCUUGUGAAGAUGGAGAACAUGUGUGACAUCAUACCCACUUGGCAUCAGCAUGCUAGCACUGUGAUUGUUAGCUUGUUAGCAGGCUAUUAGCUUUAAGGUCAAAGCACCGCUGUGCCUCGCUACAGCCUCAGAGAGGCGAGCAUGGCUGUAGACUCACAAGCACUCAUCUACGAUCACAUGGGAACAGACUUUGCUUUACUUGUUUUAAAGACUGUGUGCACGUCCUGUUAUCUUUGUUUUGUGCAUACUAUUAAAAGCAGAGCAACAACUGGAAGAUACUUUCUUGAGUUAGACAAGUCAGUUAUUAAUAAAAAGCACAUGGACACAGUUCAUUUUGUUAAUAUAACCUUUAAUACAACCUUUUUCUUACGGCUAAGACAAGAUGGCGUCAAGCUAAAUAUAAAUCUGUGAUGACAAAAAUGUGUAUGUUUUGUUUUUUCUGUAACGAGACUAAAAUGUUGCUUUUUUGCUACUGGACAUUCAAAGCGUGCAUGAAAAAAUUACAGAGUGCAUCUUUGUCGCUGAUUGACGUGCAGAUUGAUUUAGUUUCCCAGAAUCCCCGACAGGAUGGCUUCAACACACACACAAAAAAAGGUUUUGUCAAUAAAAAGAAUACAUCCUUGCAGGAGCAGAAUAAUGAAAGGCUAACAGUGGCUUGGUUGGUGUGUUAGCUCGCAGCUAGCAACUGUAUCCAACGGGCCAUGGCCCCCCGCCGAUCACUUCUUUUGUGGUGAAAUGUGUGUAAAUCUCUCUUUGUUUGCUCAGUUAAAUGAAGUAAGAACGAUUACAUGAACCCCUCCUAUACAUACAAUUAAGAUUUUUUUUGUAAGUUGUGGGUUGACGUUCAUGUUUAAGUUACAGAAAGUCGAGUUUGACGACUUCACAAAGUUUUCUGCGGAACCGUUUGUUUCCAAUCAUAGAUGUGAACCUUAAUGAGGGAAAACCUUCGUCUCAUGUUUUCACUGAAUCUGCGCUGUGUUAAACGUUCAAGUUGUAAAGUGAAACAAAACCCCUGGAACAGUUUGUGUUUUUGCUUUCACGGUGUUGCAGAAGACGCCAUCGCUUAACGUCGUAGCUGUUAAAAAAUUCACGUGCCGUGUCAUGACUAUUCACUUCAUAAGCUGAUGUGCUGUCAAUCUCUGUUUAUUAUUAAAUGGACUCGUGAGGAAGAUAUCUGGCAGCUCAAGUGCCUCUUGCUAAUGAAUGUGUAUUUUCCAAAGUUAUUAAAGUUCCGACCUUCA